AUGGCAACCGCAGCAGUAAUCGGCAGUACCGGCCUAGUAGGCGGCCACAUCCUGUCGGACCUGCUCGGCCUCGACGCUGUCAAAACGGUCCACACCCUCUCGCGCCGGGCGCCUAAAGCAGAGGGGCCCAAGCUGUCCGCUCACAUCGAUGCCGACAUCACCAAGUGGGCUUCUGCCCUCUCGUCCAUCACGCCCACUCCGGACAUUGUCUUCUCGGCCUUAGGUACCACACGCGCCGACGCGGGGGGGAUUGCGAAUCAGUGGAAGAUUGAUCAUGAUUUAAACGUUGAACUCGCCAAAUCCGCCCGUGCCGCCGGCGUAAAAGCCUUCAUCUUUAUCUCGUCGGCCGGUACGCGGGGUCUCAUCGGCGGAGCAGCACCCUACUCGAAAAUGAAACAAGGUGUUGAAGACACGAUCAAAGAGCUUGACUUCGAGCAAGCCAUUAUCCUGCGUCCCGGAUUGAUCUUGGGCGAUCGCGAGAAACCUAAGGCCCCCAUCGUCAAUGCGAUUGCCAAGGGAUUGGGCAGUUUGCAUAAGGGAUUGCAGGAUAUGAUUGCGCAGGAGGCUGACGAGAUUGGGAGGGCUGCUGUCAAUGUUGCGAUGAUGGCUAGAGAGGGAAAGGCGCCGGAGAGGUACUGGAUUGUGGAGGGGGCGGAUAUUAUUAAGUAUGGACGGGAGGAGGCGAAGUCCGUUGAGGAGAAGGGGAGUGAGAUUUGA